GCGUGCGGGCGUCUCGCCGCGAGUCCCCGGCGGCCUCACGAGGCGGGGUUCACCUUCACCGGGCGGUGAACGGCCGCGUCGCCCGCCACUAGCUGUCCCCGCCAGACUUUCAAAAAGGACGGCGAGUCACCGGUUGGUUUACUCACGGUCACAGAUUCGCGAUCGGAUUCCAAGAAGCCGAGUGAAUCGCAGCUUGCCGAGUCCGCGCGCGGUGACGUCCAGAGGGAGCGCACGGACACACCCCCGCCAUGGCGACCGCGGCGCGCGCGAUCAUCUGCGAGCUGGCGCCGCAGAAGGUGGCGGCGGCAACGGCGCCGUCGGUGCCCGCGCCCCCGAAGAAGCGCGACGCCGGGAAGGUGGUGCUCCAGCCCCGGCUCUGCACGCUGCGGUCGUACGGCGCCGGCAGCGGCGUGGUGACGCGGAGGAUUCUGGCGGGGGCGGAGGAGGGGAGCGGGGCCGCGGACUCGGGCGGCUCUGCUGCCUCCCCGUUCUUCGCGUCGCUGGCCGACUACAUCGAGAGCUCCCGCAAGAGCCAGGACUUCGAGACCAUCUCCGGCCGCCUCGCCAUGGUGGCUUUCGCGGCGGCCGUGGCGGUGGAGCUGACGACGGGCAGCUCGCUGUUCAAGAAGCUGGACACGAUGGAGAUCGAGGAAGCGGCGGGGUUGUGCGUGGCCGUGGUCGCCUGCGCCGCGGCGUUCGCGUGGGCAUCCAGCGCGCGCACCAGGAUCGGCCAGAUGUUCACGCUGGGGUGCAACGCCUUCGUCGACUCCCUCAUCGACAACAUCGUCGAGGCGCUCUUCUCCGAGAGCGAGCUGCAGGACUGGUCCGACGACAUCUGAGUAUGCACGUAUAUACGCAUAGAGACUAGAUAAACAGUAUAGACAUAGAGAAAGUAUCUACAGGUGGAUCAAGCUGUUGAGAUCCGCGCAUUUCGCGAGCUUCGUCGUCACUGUGCAACGGCAAGGAAGUUGUUCUGAUUUUUUGUUCAGACAUAGAUCCUGAGUCCAAGAUUGCCAGACAUGGAUCACACAGGGUUCCAAACAACUGGCAGCUGUUUUGCACGGUCCUGCAAGGGUGAACUGUGAUCACAAACCUGCAGCCUGCGUAGGAAGACAAGCAGAGUGUCUUUCUGUAGCCAGGCAGUCCGACAAGGUUGUGAAUUGUGAAAUAUGUAGAUCUCUUCAGAAAAAUAGUGUACCGGGGACGGAGAGGAUCACCCCUUAAUUUAAUUGUACCUACUAGUAUAGUGAGAUUGUAAUUAGUGACUGAAGCAUGGGAGCAAAACACCUUGUUUGCUUUAGGGGUCAAAUCUGGAGUUUGACUCUUGAGAUUAUACAUACAUGAAGUGGAGACAAAUCUAUACAUUGUGUUUCUUA